AUGGCCGCAUUGUCUGACGAUAUUAUACUAGCCUACGCCCGCGACUCGACCUCAAGUAACUCAAUGGAGCGGUCAAUGUGUUCUAAAAAUUCUCGUCGCUUAAGCAUGGCCGAAAACUUUCCGUUCCCGCCUCAUUACAAGUGUGAGCCCGCGCUGGGAAAGCGACACUCGGGUGCCGCAUACGGCCCGCAUUCCCGCCACUCG